CCCCGCCCCGCCCCGCCCCGGUGCGUCUGCCUGCCCCAACGGCAGCCACGUCCGUGCGGCGGUUGGGCGUUCAAAGCAGGGGGGAGAUCUUCUUUCUUCUCCUGCGCACGGAUGCGACCCGAACCCAACCAACUUUGCUCCGUCUGCCCGAAUUUUUUGGAGGCGUCCGCUUCGAGUUUUCUCCUCGGAUGUACUACCUACUGUGCUGCCUGAAAGUUGCCUGCUUUUGUUGCAUCCAACGUGCGCUCGAAAAAGUGCAGGGCUUUCUAUGUUGCAAAGUAGUAAUAAACUGCAUAGGGAAGACGGUAAGGGCGCGUUUGGUUGCUUGCAUGAGGCCAACCAGGCCCGCGCGGAAAGAAAACGGGCUGUUUGGUUGGCUGCAUACGCUGUUGAGCCUGCAUGGCACGAUGUUUAAAGCACUUCUGCGCCUCGCUCUCUAGGAACGCUUGAAUCGGUAGUUUCUCCAAAGCCAGGCCCGAGCAGUGCACGUGGGCGGCGGCGGCUGCACGCUCGCGGCCACUCUCGAGAAGCCGCUCCGCUUCCCGAAGCGCCGGCAGUUAUUAGCGUCACCGCCCCUCACCGCUCCCUCUCCCCCACUCUCCCAACUCUCAACGGCGACGGCGGAUCGAAGGAGAACAAGAAGAACACCGGACUCCAUCACUGGCGAGCGGAUCAUCACCUGGCCCGCGGCAAUGGCGAUAAGCACUCUUCUGUUUGUCAUGCACUACUUUUUCGCGUUCGAUCCGGCGGUAGAUUCGAUCCACGGCGGAGAGGGAAAUGGGGAAUAGAGGUAGAUAAGCAUGGCACUUCAUACUAGUUCAUAUUAGUUCAUACGAGUUCAUACUAGUUCAUGCAAGAUCGAAAUAUAGGUAGAUGCGGAUGGAGUAGAAGGGGGACUGGGGGAUUGGAGGUACAGAACAGACACUGGCUAAACUCGUCGUUGAGGCGUACAAAGCGGCGGGUCGAGUGGCUGGCCUUCAUCUUAUUGUCCAUCGUCGUGCGGGGCAGCGAGUCGUCGUCGUCAUCGGCGGAGUCGAGGUCAAUCUGCCAGCUACGACGGUCUGCCUCCGGAGCCCUCACUGGCAUCUGCACCGGUUCUUUCUCCUCCUUAGGCUCCCCACCGAUGACCGCCGGCGGCACGAUUGCCGUCUCCCAGUACACUGCGGCACGACGGUCAUUAGGAGCCUAGUAGUUUUUGUACUUGGACCACCUCUUCCUCUGUUUAGCGUUGUCGGAGACGGCCUGAUUCAUGGCUCAGCGAAUGAUGUCGGAGGAAGGUUGAUAGUGAGAGAAGAGAGGGGGUGGGUAAGUACUUGUGGUCAGGUUGAGUAACUAUAGGCGUGAUGGAGAGAAGGAAGAGUGACAGUCAUGCCGUUUUAACUACAUGCUCUUCAAUGAGCCAUGAACUCUGUAUAUGUCUGACUCCAUGAAUUGUGUGCAGAUCGAGGAGAGCAAUGAGAUGGUCACGGAGGUGCUCCCAGGCGUUGACGAGAAGGGCAAUGAGGCGGUUCAUACAAUACCCGAGGUGGUGCUGCCGCCCACCGCCGAGGAACAACCGAAGACGCCAAUGGUUGGCGACGACGAGCGCAUGGAGGAUCCCCCCAGCAGCAAGCGCCGCAACUACGGCCACUACCAUGAGGAGGGUGGCCCAACUCACUUGUGCAAGGUCAUCCUUGCACCGAAGCUUGAGUGCAUCCCCAUGCCCCUGGACUUCACCAAGCACUUCGUCGCGGUGUCGACGGAGUUCAAGCUGAAGAACAACACCGGGUGCUCCUGGAAGGUGACGGCCAAGCUGAUGAACGGCAGGGUGACCCUGGAUCAGGGUUGGGCCACCUUCGCCGCCGUUCAUCAGAUCAAUAUCGGCUACAUGGUGACGUUCAAGCUCCUGACUCCCGACACCCUCAAGGUCAUCAUCUUCGACGACGAUGGCAUUGAGGUGAUCAACAAGUGCGGGAAGCAUGACAAAAGCCUUCACCGCCAGGGACUAGGGCUGGGGCACCUCCUUCCUAAGUACUAUCGAGUCUGCUUGAACUAUGAUUUAUGCAUUGAACUGUUUGAACUAUCGUUGUGAACUAUAUUGUUAA